CCUCCUCUCUUCGCCUCGUGCAUCUCCAUGGAAACGCGAGUUUGAGACUCAACUAAAUUACCCGAGAUACGAUUCUUAUGGUUAGGGAUUUCGUUGGAAUUACAACGAGUUUCGUCACGUUGAAAGAUUUUCUCGCGCCCUUGAUUUUAUCAUCCGGCCGGAGGUGUGUUUCUCCCGCGUCAUCUCGCGCCCGAUUCCGAAUAAUAAUAAUAAUACAGAAUUAUUAUUUCCAAGGCACGGGAAACAGACGACGAAUUUUGGGUGGUUUUGAUUUCUGGUGUUCUCGCCGCGUUCUCGUUUCGUUGCAGCGAAUAGAAGUCAAAACGAAAAAAACGCAGUUUUUACCAACAUGCGCGAAAUAGUGCAUCUUCAGGCCGGCCAGUGCGGCAAUCAGAUAGGAGCGAAGUUUUGGGAAGUGAUUUCCGACGAGCACGGUAUCGAUCCCACGGGCACCUAUCAUGGCGAUUCGGAUCUACAGCUGGAACGAAUAAAUGUCUAUUAUAAUGAGGCAACUGGUGGCAAGUACGUGCCACGCGCGAUUCUCGUCGAUCUCGAACCCGGAACAAUGGACGCGGUUCGCGCAGGACCGUUCGGCCAAAUAUUCCGACCGGACAAUUUUGUGUUCGGCCAAAGCGGCGCCGGUAACAACUGGGCCAAGGGCCACUACACCGAGGGCGCCGAGCUUGUUGAUUCCGUCUUGGAUGUCGUGCGUAAAGAGGCCGAAAGCUGCGACUGUCUUCAAGGAUUCCAGCUCACUCACUCGCUGGGCGGCGGCACCGGCGCCGGAAUGGGCACUUUGCUUAUCUCGAAGAUUCGAGAGGAGUAUCCCGACAGGAUUAUGAUGACUUUCAGCGUGGUACCUUCGCCCAAGGUAUCGGAUACCGUGGUCGAGCCCUACAAUUGCACUCUCUCGGUGCAUCAGCUGGUGGAGAACACGGACGAGUCGUAUUGCAUAGACAACGAGGCGCUCUAUGAUAUCUGCUUCAGAACCCUUAAGCUAACCACCCCGACUUACGGCGACCUCAAUCAUUUGGUCAGCGCAACUCUGAGCGGCGUCACCACUUGUCUGAGAUUCCCAGGCCAGCUUAACGCCGAUCUGAGAAAGCUCGCUGUCAACAUGGUCCCGUUUCCGCGAUUACACUUUUUCAUCCCCGGCUUCGCUCCCUUGACUUCUAGAGGUUCGCAACAAUACCGAGCGCUCACGGUGCCGGAGCUCACUCAGCAAAUGUUCGACGCGAAGAACAUGAUGGCCGCGUGCGAUCCGCGACACGGCAGAUACUUGACAGUGGCCGCGGUGUUUCGCGGUAGAAUGUCGAUGAAGGAGGUGGACGAACAAAUGCUCAACAUUCAGAACAAGAACAGCAGUUACUUUGUCGAAUGGAUACCGAGCAACGUGAAGACUGCCGUUUGCGACAUACCUCCGCGUGGUUUGAAAAUGUCCGCGACUUUUAUCGGCAAUUCCACGGCCAUUCAGGAAUUGUUCAAGAGAGUGUCGGAGCAAUUUACCGCGAUGUUCCGACGUAAGGCGUUUCUGCACUGGUACACUGGCGAGGGUAUGGACGACAUGGAGUUUACCGAGGCGGAGAGUAAUAUGAACGAUCUCGUGUCCGAGUAUCAACAGUAUCAGGAAGCCACCGCCGAAGAGGAAGGCGAGUUUGAAGAGGAGGAGGAGGGCGAGGGCGAGGCAUGAGAUCGCUCCCAUCUUCCAAAGAUGUUUAUCGAGUGCUCGUACCACCUGCCGCUUCUUUUGUGCUCUUCACCUCUUUAUAUAGUUAUAUCGUUCCCGCGUGUAUCCUCUUAGAGUGUAAAAUAAUAUGUAGCGCCAAGCUAACGUUGGCCGACACCUUGUUGUUGCUUGUCUUCUUCGUCUUCUUCCGUGUGUCCUAUCGUCGAAAGUACAUAAAAUAAAGAA